CACCUGACUCGGGAUCCGGAGAUGCAAUGGCGGCCUCCGUGCUGCGUCUGGGCAUUCCUGGAAGACGCUGGGCUUUAGCGUGGAUUGACGGCGGUUCCCGCCGCCGAAGUGGGACUCAGCCUGGGCCCACGUCCAACCGGGCUAGGGGACAUAGUUCAGUGGCUCAGCUUUCCCUCCGCACGGCUCAGAAGCCGAGGAAAGGUGAACACAAAUGGGCAGCUGUGGUAGGACUGGAAAUUCAUGCUCAGAUUUGCUCCAACUCUAAACUCUUCUCUGGAGCGCAGGUGUGCUUUGCAGCACCCCCGAAUUCUUUGGUUUCUUUUUUUGAUGCAUCUCUGCCUGGAACUUUGCCGGUUCUCAACAGGAGGUGUGUGGAAGCUGCGGUGAUGACCGGCUUGGCACUGAACUGCCACAUCAACAGGAAGUCCCUGUUUGACAGGAAGCACUACUUCUACGCAGACCUUCCUGCAGGUUACCAGAUCACCCAGCAGAGGCUCCCUAUUGCUACCAACGGACACUUGACGUACAACAUCUACAUAAGGAAGAAACAGAGUCAGGUGACCACCAAGACAGUGAGGAUCAAACAGAUCCAGCUGGAGCAGGACAGUGGCAAAAGCCUCCACGAUGACCUGAGGUCCCAGACUCUCAUUGAUUUGAAUCGAGCCGGAGUUGGCCUGCUCGAAGUGGUCCUGGAGCCUGACCUGUGCUGUGGGGAAGAGGCAGCCGUGGCUGUCAGGGAACUGCAGCUGAUCCUUCAAGCCCUGGGGACCAGCCAGGCAAACAUGGCAGAGGGUCAGCUGAGAGUAGACGCCAAUAUAUCCGUACAUCAUCCCGGGGAACCUCUGGGUGUCCGGACAGAAGUGAAGAAUCUCAACAGCCUCAGAUUCUUGGCCAAAGCCAUAGACUAUGAAAUUCAGAGACAAAUCACUGAACUUGAGAAUGGAGGUGAAGUUCUAAAUGAAACUCGUUCCUUUGAUUAUAAGCUGGGGUGCACCGUGCCAAUGAGAGACAAAGAAGGCAAACAAGACUACAGGUUUAUGCCAGAGCCUAACCUGCCCCCCUUAGUGCUCUACGAUGCCACAUCGCUGCCUUCAGAUGCAGACUCUCAGCAGGUGAUCAAUAUCGACCAGCUUCGGAACAUGCUCCCGGAGCUCCCCAGUGCAACCAGAGAGAGGCUUGUCCAGCAGUAUGGGAUGCUGCCAGAGCACAGCUUCACAUUGCUGAAUGAAGUUGGCCUCCUGGAGUUCUUCCAAAAUGUGAUAAAAGAAACUAGGGCAGAGCCAAAAAAGGUGACUAACUGGGUCCUGAACACUUUCCUGUACUAUUUAAAGCAACAGAAUCUUGCAGUCAGUGAGAGUCCUGUCACACCUGGUGCACUGGCCGAACUCCUGGACCUGCUGGACAGUAAAGCAAUUUCCUCAGCAGCAGCUAAACAGGUGUUUGAGGAGCUGUGGAAGGGCCAGGGGAAGACAGCAGCACAGAUCGUGUCAGAGCAACAGCUGGAACUGAUGCAGGACCGCGAGGCCCUGGAACAGCUCUGCCAGGCCACCAUAGAUGGACACCCCCAAACGGUGAUGGAUGUGAAGAAAAGGAACCCCAAAGCUAUAAAUAAGCUGAUUGGGUUGGUCCGCAAAGCAAGUCUCAGUCGAGCAGACCCAGCGCUGAUAAAGGAGAUACUGGAGAAGAAGCUGUCAUUGUGAGAUGUGGUGAGGUCCCUCAGCCCGAGGGAGGACAGUGUGGAGCCCGUGAAAGCCGCUGUUCGUGUGGGUACUUGUGUGUGUCCUCUGAGGCCCAGUGGUUCUGUGAUGGUGGCAGCCGUGACUAAAGGUGAAGCAGAUCUAAGAAUAAAGCUGUCUCACCGCAGAGGCCAGUGAAGGCUUCCCAGGAGUCAAGCACUGAAGGCGGCAGACUGAGACAGCUGGGUGGACACAGUGUGUGCAGACCUGAAAGUGGGCUUGUGGAGAGGAAACCACAGCAGAACAGACGCCACGUAACACACUGCUCAGGCACGAGGCUGGAAGAAAGGUGUUGGUGCCCGCUCACCUGAGUGAGAGCAGGUCCUGUUGCACUGUCAGCUCCCAGUGAACUGAAGUGACACGGACGUCUUCAGAUAAAUUUAAUGAACAAAAUAUAUGCUGAAAUAGCACAUAAAAAUUAACUUCCACUCCAGAGACUGUAUAGUUUACAACGCAAUGCUUUAGGCCCAAAAAAAAGAUCAGAAGAGAGAUCUGAAACAUUAAAUUUUUUACCUAGAAAGAAUAAGAUUAUAAACUAAUAAAUCAUAAUCUUGACCUUUAACUCGAAGUACAGCUGACAGUGGUGAUGAAGGCCCAUUGCCUUGACCCUAUCCCUCCCUCUCUGGAGUCUGGGUGCCCUGUUUCUUACAUGUCUGGUACCUCAGAACACCACACUCUGGAGUCUGGGUACCCCAAGUUUCUUACAUGCCCGGUACCCUCAGAACUCCACCCCCCUUCUGAAGAUGACUAGUUUUUCGAAUGUUUUUAGAACUACUUGUCAAACUGACAGCAAAGUGGUGGGGCAGGGGAACUUUGGCAUUCUCCAGCUUGGUAAGAUCAUUGCUGGGGCCAUCAUUCCAAGGGCAGCUGAGGAACAGGGGAGAGUGGACACCCCACCUCCGUCACCAGAGUGAUGGCUUCACGACAGAGGAGUGAAGGAAAGUGACCCCUUGCUCAGCCAAAAGCUGAGAUGGAGCGGACACCAAUUCUGUGGCUUGUUUCUGACAAGCAGGAGAUGAAGUUUAGAAUGUUACUCACCCAGGAAGCCAUGGGCCCCACGUUGUGUUGCCCUGAUGCUGGCUGUUAAAGUGCUUUCUGCUAACCUCCCUACGAGAGAGAAAUAGGACCCCUAUCGCUCUCUAAGCCUGAGUUCCUGUGGCCAGAACGCUCAGAUUCGAAUCCGGCCGGACCUUUAUUUCAUAAAGAACAUAAGGUUCAGUUUUACAACUUCCAUUUUUACCAAAGGUUCUGUCUUGGUCAUCAACCCUUGCAGGAAACAAUGAUGAAGCUGAUGUCCUGGGCUCACUUCGAUGGGUGGAAGGUAGAAGUAGUUUCCAAAAACGAUUUUGUCAACUGAAAAGUGCAUGGAGUAUUCCCAGAGGAGACACCAUCUAGCUCUGACAAAUGCCACAUCCCCUUGUUGUCUUUAAACCCCAAACCAGGCUUUAAGAGGUCAUGCACAGCACAGCUACCAAGGAAAAGCCAAGGCCAGCUCUGCCUGGAACCUGACGAGGACUUUCCUUUCUUGCAUAGGCGUGAAUGUAGUCUGGACCAGUUAGGGGAAAUCUCAUUAAAAUAUAUGAAUUGGCACCAUAGACGAGGCUACUGCUAUCUGUCAGUGGAACCCACACACCUGUAGCUGGAUGUGUGACUCGGAAGCCAUGAUCGGUAGGGGAAAGUGGUGGGAACUGAUGAUUUCUCAGCCUCCUCCCCAGCCGCCUCUGCCUGCUCUAGGCCCAAACCAUGGCUUGCGGAUGGUUUCCAUGGGACGCUAACAGAAUGUACGUUUAUCACAGAGGCAGCUUCCUGCACCCCUCCCUUUGUAAGAUGGGCUACUAGUUACAUUCUGGGUCAUCUCUGUCCAACACCAGCCUUCUGCACUUGCUAGGUCUGUAGAUGAGUAGAGCUUUUGUUCAUUUCUCUCAAGGCACAGAUAGAAAAACCACCAGUAUUCUACUGAGGUGAGUACCGUCCAUGCCCCUCUUAACUAUUGAUCAUCUGGAAAUAGCCAGGAAAGGUUUGAGCGUAUGCCUCUUCCAGUCAGUCAUUCCGGUACUGCAGCCGUGGCACGGUCCACCCGUUUAUAUUGUAUCUUUCAGUUAGGUUGAAUUUAGUCAUAACGAAAGGAAAACAGUCAAUCUAGAAGGUCAUGUAAUUUUCCCAUUGCCAGACACAGUGUGGAUGUGGCCACUGGGCUGCUUUGGCAGGUUCUAGACAGAUGUACCUGGGAGCUGCUUUCCCAUAGGUGAGGAAGCAGAAGGCACUGCCUGAAGUCCUCUCUCACUGACUGCCCAGGUCAUGGUUGAACAGGAGUCUUUAAAAAGUUCAUCAGCACCAGAUCCCAUGUAAAAUGUCCACAGGGGCAAAAGAGGCCUAGCUUUCGGUGGUCCUUUUAUAGAUUUGUCCCAGUAAAAUGUACUAGGGACAGACUUGUGUGGCCUCGGCUCAGUGAAAUUAAUAACCUUCCCUGAGCAUUUCCAUCACCUUUCAGGUUCUGAAGUGACACAGCUCAUCUAAAAACGCCAUAAAAGAACCCUGAAAUGAAUAUGGGGACAAAAUCCUGUGGCCAGGGUUAACUCACAUCUUCAAAGACAAGAGCAUCCGCAUCAGCAGGCGGACUCUGCAGAGGAAUCACAGACACCGACUCGCCCUGCCUUCCUCUCCCUCGCCCACAGUGCUUUCCCCCUAAAUAAGCUUACAGAAAAUCUCUUGAUGAAGCCCUCUGCAUCUAGGCAAUUAGCUGCCGAGAUAAUCUGUCCUCCAAAACAAGUAAUGGACUAGUAAAUGCCUGGAUGUAAGGAGAUUUGCUGAGGCAGAAUUAUCCCAGAAGCUAUUCUGAGUCCUCCAAGAGCUUUUUGUGAAGCAUUAGGUUUAUGAUGGUCAUUCCAAAAAAAAAAAAAAAGAAACAGCCAAUUCCAUUCUCUUCAAAUGUCUCUUUCCCUGACAGACGUAAGGGUAGAGUACACACCCUUGACAAGUUGUUCCAAGCUCACACGGGUGCGUGAUGGAGAUUAGUGACUCACAGACUGGUAGCUGAAAUAGGGGCUAAUAUAUCCCCCUAACGGUUUAAAGCUGUUGUGGCCUCAGGAAAAGCCAACUGCAGAACUGACUUGAAGUUUACAGCAGACUGUACAUUAGGCUGUCCUGGGCCAGUGACUUGAAGUGGUGUGUGCCGUAAUAGCUGCCCUGCAUUUUAUAAAGAUGGCAGGUUUGACAGCCAUGUCUGCAAACACACAGCUGAACUAGACUACCCUUAAGUGAGAACUGGAGCAUGGUCAUAGUUCACAUCAUGCUGUGACAUGCCCCACCACUCUGGCCAGACUUCCCUACUGAGAGCCACCGGGCAUACGCUAAUCCCGUCUGGAUAGCCACAUCACAACUUUAGACCUCUAAAUGGAGCUCCAAGCAAACGCACGUGACAGCCUGGAUGCAGAUGCUCGCUGCCCAAACUGGAGCAACCCAAACCAUUCACAGCUCCCGUUUCUAGAUUCUGUUCACAGGCUGACAACACCCCGCCUCAGGACAUCUUGAUGGGCUGAAAACCAAGCACCACAUCUAACCCAAAUAAAGGCCACUGGCUCAGGACCUGUUCAUGUCACUGAGGACCACGUCACACAGCAGACAUCGAUGUCACUCUCAGCAAGUCUCAGCACCUUCCACAAUGAUACUAAACCAAACGGGGCCAACCCCACAGUGGCUCUGCCUCAGAAAGGAAGCAUUCAGUAAUAAAACCACCUUUAAUUAAUUCUUCGUGCAACUGCAUGUCAUAUCUGGGAGAUUGUAAUUCGUCCCAUGAAAAUAUGUUUUAAACUGAAACUACACUGGAUUUUCUUUGUUUGAAUUUUUACAUUUACCUGAUGAUUUUCAAAAUCAAUUUUAACUAUCCCUGUGUGUUCGUGUAUUUUGAACCAUAAAUUCCUUCAGUGUAGACCUUAAA